AUGACAAAUCUGUCUCCAGCCAACGCUUGCACCGUCGCUUUGCCGCCCACAUUGACGCUUCUCGUAACGACAUUGCCAUCGGCAUCUUUAACCUUACGUACCCAGACGUUAAAACCGCGCUCGCCGUCGGAACCACCUUCCAAACCGUGUGGCGGAACAACUCGUCUCUCGGAUAAAAUAGACGCCGUGACAGGAACCCGAAAUUCAAUGUCCCGCACCACACCAUUUCCGCCCCGGUGGGCACCGGCACCGCCAGAGUUUUCUCUGAUGGAGAACUCCCGGAUAAGGACAGGAUAUCUUCUUUCAAAAACUUCGGCAUCGGUGAUCCGGGUGUUUGUCAUGUUUGUGUGGACACCGCUCACAACCGUCCCAUGUAGGUCCUGCUCCGUGGCCCCCGGCUAUAGUUUCGUAGUAUCCAAAGCCUUGAACGUAGUUUCCGUUUUCGUCGUUUCCGCCCACGCCGAAUGUGAAGUUGUUGCAGCACGACUGCGAGUUGGCCGACGCCUUGAAGGCGCUAAGAAUCACUCCGGUAAUGACCUGCGAAGUGCAAACGUUGCCCGCCACGACAGCACAGCCUUUGUCUGGAUUCAAAAGCGACGAGUCGGGAAUCACCACUUCGAUGGGCCUCAAGCAUCCUUGGUUCAACGGGAUUGUUUCGUCCACCAAGCACCGCAAGCAGUAGAUGAUGGCAGAGUACGUGAUUGCCAUUGGCGCAUUGACAUUGCUGUAGGAUUGCAUGCUUGUGCCGGUGAAGUCAAACACGAUUUUGCCGUUCUGGCCCGGAAAUAUGCGUAA